UAGUCACUGAUUAACCCUCCCCAUUGAGGCAGGGCUGCUGGGUAAGCCACUCUGCCUGGUGGAAGACUUAGAGUAAAUACUCUAUGAGUGCCGGGUGAGGUAAGGGAAGAGUCGAAUUUAAAAUGUCAACCCGGUACCACCAGGCCGCAACUGAUGGCUACCUGGAAAUUCUGAAAGAGGCUACCAAGCGAGAUCUCAAUCUGUCUGACGAAGAUGGCAUGACCCCCACACUCCUGGCAGCCUACCAUGGCAACUUGGAAGCCCUAGAGAUCAUCUGUAGCAGGGGGGGUGAUCCUGAUAAAUGUGACAUUUGGGGAAAUACUCCCCUCCAUUGUGCAGCCUCCAAUGGACACACCCACUGUGUUUCAUUCUUGAUCAACUUUGGUGCCAAUGUAUUUGCCCUAGACAAUGACCUACAGUCUCCACUAGAUGCUGCUGCCAGCAGAGAGCAGAGUGAAUGUGUUGGCAUCUUAGACCAAGCCGCCAGGGAUCAGAGCAUCCUGAAUCCAAAAAAAGUUGCCAGACAGAAGGAGCAGGCCCAAAGAAAUGCCAGGAAGCAGAUUAAAGAUUGUGAAAAACUUCAGGAUAAACAUCAGAAUAAAAUGAAUCGCACAUUCAACAAGGAGAAGGCUGGGACCCUGACUUCUUCCAAGGGUACUUUUUCCAGGUCAUCUUCAAACUCCUCUGUUCCCACUGUAUUUGAAACAUUCUCCAAGGGUUUAAAAGGUACCUUCAAGGCAAGAUAUAAGAAGAAUAGGAAUGCAGAAGAACAGAUGGGAAAAGGCACAGAGAAGAAGAGCAGGAGAGGGCAGCAAAAUGUGAUGGAAGUGUUCCAGGAAGAUGAGGAAGAGUCAUUCACAAAUGGUUUCAAAGAUAAGCUACAGCUCACAGAAGACAAGAAUAGUGAUGAGCAGCAAGAGUCCAUUUUCAACCGUCCUGGUCUGGGCAAUAUUGUGUUUAAAAGAAAUUCAGCCAUUGAAGAUAUCUCAGACAGCAAAAGAGAAAUAAGGUUUAAUAUAGUUUCUGGAUUACUCCAGAAAGAAGGAUCAGGAGGCAUUAGUGAGACUGACCCAGAAGCAGAGGUAGAAGAAGAAGAUGAAGAUGAUGUGCCUUGGAAUGGGAAUGAAGUGGAAUGGGAGGAAGAUGAAGCAGAUAUUACCCCUCUUGAAUUGUUCUUGAUAUCUCAGAACCUGAGUGAGUUCAUCCCCAUCUUUAUGAGAGAACAAAUAGAUCUAGAAGCCCUCUUACUUUGCUCAGAUGAGGAUCUCCAGAGCAUACAAAUGCAGCUGGGCCCAAGGAAGAAAAUCCUCAAUGCCAUAGGUAGAAGGAAGCAGUUACUGCAGCAUCCUGGCCAGAUGACCGACACAAGCCUCUGAUGAAUGAGUGUGUCCAGGGGGAGUAAUCAAGAGUAUGGGACCUUUAUAAUGUAGGUCUGGGAAACAUCUUGAUGCCAGGCCACUGCUUCUCUCUCCCUUCUCUUUCUACACCCAAAAACAACCAAAUAAAACCUCAAAUCCAAAUGACCACCUGGAAAAUCCCUCAUUACCUUCUAGGGGAAUCUUACCUUGACUUGAAGAUGUCUUCUAGACCUUCACAUCUUGAACUCUGGGGAGACUCUUUCCAAAUAAACAACCACUGAGUGUCAUAAAGAGACCAAGGGAACAUAGAAAUGGCUCAUUUCACAAGUAUUUUUCAAGUAUUUUUUCUGAUUCAUCUUAGGAAAGGUCUAGUGAAUGACAAUGAAGAAAAAAGCACCUUCUUUCUGGUUUCAACUCUGAAUUUGAGCUAUCAUUUCUCAUCAUAUUAUAUAACCUGUUUCUUUUAUUCAAAUUCUUCUAAAGUGACCAGGCCAUCCCAUUUGAAAAACCUCUUUACACUUCUGAAGUGAACACCAAAAGCAUUAUCUAAGGGUGGUCUGAAUACACAGAGGGGUCCUUCACCUCUACUUUGGAUGGUCAUUUGGCAUUGAUAUUACAGGGUAGCCUACACAAAUUCUAUUAACCUCCCACAACACCAAAAUAACUUUCCAGCAAUUAGUUGGUUUUGAGUCCUCAUAGCACAAAGCCAGAUGGUGUCCAAAUUCAUACUCCUGACACCAUCUUUAUUAGUACUCUAUGCUCCCAAAUCAAAUGUACUUGUCAGGUGCUUCUUGUCAAACCCAACAAAUGGUGAAUAAACAUAAAUGGUGAAUCAU